AUGUUGGACCCCUCUUCCAGCGAGGAGGAAGGGGAUGAUGUACUGGAGGUGGAACGCAAAGAGGUGGCGGCCCCGAAGAGCCAAGGAGGAGCCCGACUGUCACCGGGGCGAGCUGCGGACUGCCACGGUGGAGGAGGGCUUCAGCCCCGGGGCCGCGGGAGCGGCGGUGGCCGACCCUCCAGCCCCAGCCCGUCAAUCGGCAGCGAAAAGGAGAAGGAGGACCUGGAGAAGAUGCAGAGGGAAGAGGAGGAGAGGAAAAAGAGACUCCAGCUCUAUGUGUUUGUGAUGCGAUGCAUCGCUUAUCCGUUCAACGCAAAACAACCUACUGAUAUGGCAAGGAGGCAGCAGAAGAUCAGUAAGCAGCAUCUGCAGACAGUCAAAGAGCGUUUCCAGUCAUUCCUCAGCGGGGAUACUCAGAUUGUGGCUGAUGAGGCCUUCAUCAAUGCUGUCCAGAGCUACUAUGAGGUUUUCCUAAAAAGUGACCGUGUCUCCCGGAUGGUGCAAAGCGGCGGCUGUUCUGCCAGCGACUCUCGGGAAGUUUUUAAGAAGCACAUAGAGAAGCGGGUGCGCAGCCUGCCGGAGAUUGAUGGCCUAAGCAAAGAGACGGUCCUUAGCUCCUGGAUUGCCAAGUUUGACACCAUCUACCGUGGUGAAGAGGACCCCAGGAAGCACCAGCAGAGAAUGACAGCCAGUGCUGCUUCCGAACUCAUCCUCAGCAAAGACCAGCUCUAUGAGAUGUUUCAGCAGAUCCUGGGCAUAAAGAAGUUCGAGCACCAACUCCUUUACAAUGCCUGCCAGCUAGACAACCCUGAUGAGCAGGCAGCGCAGAUCAGAAGAGAGCUGGAUGGACGACUGCAAAUGGCCGACCAGAUUGCUCGGCACGGAGGGAGGUUUCCUAAGUUUUCCUCCAGGGAGAUUGAGGCCAUGUACAUUGAGGAGCUGCGAUCCUCUGUCAACCUACUGAUGGCUAAUCUGGAGAGCAUGCCUGUGUCCAAGGGGGGAGAGUUUAAGCUGCAGAAGCUAAAACGAGGCCACAAUACAUCCAUAAUGGACAUGGGCCAGGAAGACGAAAACAUGCUGUCCAAAUCUGAUGUUGUGCUGUCCUUCACCCUGGAGGUGGUGAUCAUGGAGGUUCAGGGUCUGAAGUCGUUGGCUCCAAACAGGAUUGUUUAUUGCACCAUGGAGGUGGAGGGAGGACAUAAACUGCAAACAGACCAGGCUGAGGCCUCAAAACCCACUUGGGGUACCCAGGGUGACUUCUCCACCACUCAGCCAUUACCUGCUGUCAAAGUGAAGCUGUUCACUGAGAGCACAGGAGUGUUGGCUCUAGAAGAUAAGGAGCUUGGGAGGGUUGUGCUCCACCCGACCCCCAACAGUCCCAAGCAGUCUGAGCUCCAUAAGAUGACAGUGUCUAAAGGGUGUCCAGACAGUGAGCUCAAGAUCAAGCUGGCUAUUCGCAUGGACAAACCCCAAAACAUGAAGCAUUGUGGGUAUCUUUGGACCAUUGGCAAAAAUGUGUGGAAAAGAUGGAAGAAAAGAUUCUUUGUGCUGGUUCAGGUGAGUCAGUAUACCUUUGCCAUGUGCAGCUACAGAGAAAAGAAGGCCGAGCCUGUGGAGCUGUUGCAGCUGGACGGCUACACAGUGGACUACACAGACCCCCAGCCAGGUCUGGAUGGCGGUCGGACAUUCUUCAAUGCUGUGAAAGAGGGUGACACUGUUAUUUUUGCCAGCGAUGAUGAGCAGGACCGGAUCCUAUGGGUGCAGGCCAUGUACCGAGCUACUGGCCAGUCACACAAGCCAGUUCCUCCGACACAGGUCCAGAAACUCAACUCGAGGGGGGGCACGACACCGCAGCUUGAUGCACCUAUAUCUCAGUUCUAUGCUGAUCGAGCCCAGAAGCAUGGUAUGGAUGAGUUUAUUUCAGCCAACCCCUGUAACUUCGACCAUUCCACGCUCUUUGAACUGGUGCAGCGCCUAACUCUGGACCACAGGCUCAACGACUCCUACUCCUGCUUGGGCUGGUUCAGUCCUGGUCAGGUGUUUGUCUUGGACGAGUACUGCGCCCGUUACGGUGUUCGAGGCUGCCAUCGGCAUUUAUGUUACCUAAGCGAUCUACUGGAGAGGGCGGAGAACGGAGCCAUGAUUGACCCUACCCUACUGCACUACAGCUUUGCCUUCUGCGCCUCCCACGUGCAUGGAAACAGGCCUGACGGUAUUGGCACAGUUACGACAGAAGAGAAGGAGCGCUUUGAGGAGAUCAAGGAGAGGCUACGUGUGCUUCUGGAAAACCAGAUUACACAUUUCAGGUACUGCUUUCCAUUUGGACGGCCAGAGGGGGCGCUGAAAGCCACUCUGUCUUUGCUUGAACGGGUUCUGAUGAAAGAUAUUGUUACUCCAGCUACACAAGAAGAAGUCAAAGCUGUGAUCCAUAAGUGUCUGGAGGAGGCAGCCUUGGUCAAUUACCAACGCCUCUCAGAGUACGCCAAGCUGGAAGAGAAUGUAGGGCGUUUAGUCACUCCUGCCAAAAAGCUGGAGGACACCAUCCGCCUGGCCGAGCUGGUGAUUGAGGUCCUUCAGCAAAACGAGGAACACCAUGCUGAGGCCUUUGCCUGGUGGUCAGAUCUGAUGGUGGAGCAUGCUGAGACCUUCCUGUGUCUCUACUCAGCUGACAUGGACGCAGCUCUUGAAGUCCAGCCGCCGGACAGCUGGGACAGUUUCCCCCUCUUCCAACUGCUCAACGACUUCCUGAGGAUGGACUAUAACAUGUGCAAUGGGAAGUUUCACAAACACCUGCAGGACCUCUAUGCCCCCCUGGUUGUGCGAUACGUGGACCUGAUGGAGUCCUCCAUUGCUCAGUCCAUUCACAGAGGCUUUGAAAGAGAAUCCUGGGAACCUGUCAAUAAUGGUUCAGGGACAUCAGAGGAUCUCUUCUGGAAGCUGGAUGCUCUGCAGACCUUCAUCCGAGAUCUCCACUGGCCAGAGGAGGAAUUUGGCAAACACCUGGAGACCCGACUGAAACUGAUGUCCAGUGACAUGAUUGAGUCCUGUAUUAAACGGACACGAGCUGCAUUCGAGGCCAAGCUUCAGAGGAGCAGCCGGGCCACCGACUUCCGCGUGCCACAGUCCAUCUGCACCAUGUUCAACGUAAUGGUGGAUGCCAAGGCCCAGUCAGCCAAGCUGUGUGCCAUGGACCUGGGGCAGGAGAGACAAUACCAUUCCCAAAUUGAUGAUCUAAUUGAGGAGACGGUGAAGGAGAUGAUAACUCUGCUGGUUGCUAAGUUUAUGGUCAUUCUAGAGAGUGUGUUAGCCAAGCUCUCCAGAUAUGAUGAGGGAACACUCUUCUCCUCCUUCCUAUCUUUCACAGUGAAAGCUGCUUCAAAGUAUGUGGAUGUACCUAAGCCAGGGAUGGAUGUGGCUGACGGUUAUGUAACAUUCGUCCGUCAUUCCCAGGACAUGCUGCGGGAGAAGGUCAACGAGGAGGUGUACAUAGAGAGAUUAUUUGAUCAAUGGUACACCAGCACUAUGAACCUUUUAGGAACAUGGCUGACUGACCGAAUGGACCUUCAGCUCCAUGUUUACCAGCUGAAGAUUCUCAUCAGGGUUGUCAAGAAAAAGUACCGUGACUUCCGCCUUCAAGGAGUGCUGGACUCCACAUUAAACAGUAAGAUGUAUGAAACCGUGAGAAACCGACUGACCCUGGAAGAAGCCACUGCCUCAGUGAGGGAAGGAGGGAUGCAAGGCAUUUCCAUGAAGGAUAGUGAUGAAGAGGACAACGAUAACUAGAUCCAAAGGCCUGUUAACAUAAUGGAUGUCGUUUUGAACCCAUGCAGCCUUUCCAUUAGGUCAAAAAAUACCAAAUUUGACCUAACAUCCAAAUUGGUCCUUCCAUUAAUUUAUUUUUCAGUUUGUCAUUCCUGUAAUAGUCGGGAUAAUUACUAUUAGAAUAAAUGUUGUGUCUAUAAUCACUUGGAGGAGCUAAGUCUGUCUUAUCAUUGCUCGUGUGCCAUUAAACUCAAAACUAAAAUAAAUCAGCCAAGAACUAAAGGACAAGAUAGGACAUUACAUUAAUCACACACUGAUCGAUUUCCAGGGAAAUGGGAGCAAAGUUUUCAGAAUUAUUCAAGAGAGGCCAAAAAAGGUCAAUAGUGUGAGAUCAGCACAAAUAUGACCAGGAACACUCAUCAUUUAGAGCAGCCUCGUACAUAGGAUGAUAAAAAAGCAGGUGAUGGCAUCAAUAAUACGUUUUUUGAAGGCAUACAAAAUAUGACAUUGUACCUUCAUUUUGUGCAACCGAAAAUGUCUACGGUCUUUUUGUAUGGGAGCUUUGCUGUUGCUUUUGCUAAGAAUUAUCUAUCACAUUCUGAAAAGUACAGACCACUGUACCGUGGUUACAGUCUAGAAAUGUGUGUCUGUGUUAUCCUCAAAUAUGUGCAGAGGAUGCAGCUACUUUAUGUCGCUUUGUUGAAAAGGAUAGUAACAAUUGUCUCAUAUUACUUUCUUUGUAAUGGGUCUGCAUCAGUUUUUCAUGACGUGCUUUGAUUGUCUGCUCUUAACCAACUUUCCAAAACAUGCCACACCUGAAAUCCAAGAAAUAAAAAAUCAAGUUCAUUAUCAACAAUAAAGCUGACUGAUGCAAAUCUAACAAACAAAAUGGACAAAAACUACAAAAACAUUCAGCCUUCAAAUGUUCAUGUCUAAAAUAAACAUCACAUUGUUUUCCCUUGUUUGCCUGACACCAUCACAUGAGGUUCACUUUGGUACAUGGCUUUCUUGGGCGGGUUACUCCCACUGAACCAAACAGUGAUGGCAGUUUGUCAUUUACCUGAUUAACCUUGCUCACAUUUCAUUACCUUACCUUGACUUGACUUCACUGUAGCACUCAAGUAGUAUUUCACUAUGCAUUUAAUCUGCACCAGAGUUAACAACUAGCCUUGCUUUAUGUCACUGGUCUGCGGUCUACUGAUCAUGAUUUACUGGUCUUACUCUUUGUCAUAUGGCAAUCCACUGUUAUCAAGGUCCCACCCAAACACCCACCCGACCAAUUACAAUUAAAACCAAACUUAUGAGAAAAGGUCAACACAUAACACUUAAAUAACAGAAACAACAUUUUGAAAAUGUUAUUUCCUAUUCAGCAACAAGAGGGUGAUCAAGAUGUGUUAUACUCUCCCUUUACAGGUAGAGAAGAAUUCACCAAAUACUCUUUCACUUGACAAUACUAAGAAACUGAUAGCAGCCAAUGGGCUGCAUUCAGAGCUGCCACUCCCACCACGUGCCUCACGCACUGCGUGUAGGGCACCAAGUGCCUGAGGGAGCCCGACAACUAUGAAGCCCACCUUUUGUAUGGGGGUUUACUGACUUGUUUCUAAUUUCUAAAGUUUGAGUCAAAUUCAACACCAUUUUUUCUGAGCUUUAUAUGACCAUUAAGAGCAUAACCUCAUCUUGCCCCUCCCCUUCUGACUGUUGCCUGGCACCUGACCCCUGCUCUCCCGCCUCCUCAGCGUACAGCCCUCGCUGCUGGCACAUUCUCAAGUCCAGUCUCUGUUACAAACUGACCGAGUUGCUGUAUGAACGGUUCCAUAUGAUGCAGCAGCUCUUCAAAUCAAUAGACAUAGACUUUCCCUUUUAACAACACAGAUCAGCUGUUCCUCUGAUAUGAGGCGCUGUAACUUAGGGAGCAGUGGGCUGUGCUCGUAGCCAUGUUGUUUUGUGAUGUGAUGGCAAACAGGGAGGACUUCUUUAUACUUCUUCAGAGAAUGUGUGGUGUGUGGGUGUGUACACCCUCUAGAGUUUCAGGGAAUACUACAACAAUCAAUAUGUUGAGCACAUAAGGUUUUUCAUGCCAGUGAUGACAUUCAAUAUUUUGUGCAGUGGCAUUUAAACGCACAGGUAGCACUCUAGGACAUAUUGGCUAACUGAGAUUAAGUGUUUAAAUGGCCGGACUGGCCACUAAGAGAAAAGCUGAUUUCUACAUAAUAUGGUCAUGCAGUCUAAGUUUAGUAAAAGAUCAGAAAUGUUUUAAUGCACUGGCGCACAUAAUAAUAGUCUGUACAAAUGUUUUAAAUGUCUAAUUUGGAUUAUAACCACAUAGGGGCCAUGGUAGUUAUCAUAUUACUCACAAAAUCUCAAUUUGUAAAGUAAUUAUUAACUAUAGAUUGAAAAUAAUAGUAGAUGUUUAAAGUAAAAUGAAAUGGCUACACUCAAGUAAAGUAUUUCUUCAAAUUUGUAUAUAGUUAAUGAGUAAAUAUACUAAUUAACAUUCCAUCAUUGUUUACCCCACACCAGAACAAAUAAAGAAUAAUAAUAAUAAAAUUAUGUUUUUCUGUUAGUCUUAACUAGUUUCGUAUAUUGGUGACUGAAGUUUAUGGGGGGGCACUACAAAGAAAAAUGGCUAGCAGCCUGGCAGCAUUAUUUAUGUCCUACAAAAUGAAAGCAGUGGAUGGAAAAAACAACACAAUGAGGAUUUAAGCAUUUGUUAUAACCUUAUGGUCUAAAAUCUGUCCUGUGUGUUUCUUCUAUGAAAAGAAACUGAGGACAAUGAAGACAGAAAUGAAUCAUCCUCUGGAGAGCAGGGAUAUUCAUAGCAGGUUUCAGAGCAAAUAGCAGUUAAUGUAUCUUAUGUUUUGGACAGAUGGAUAGAUGAUUAAUGAUAAAUGUUAACGAUUCUUAAAGCUUUUCUUGAUGACCACUCAAAGCCAUUAACAGCACAGUUUCCCCUUUUCAUCCAUAUGCAGUGCAUCUAUGUGCUGCACUUUCUCUAUCACACAUCACUCACACUUUCAGUAUCUUGGCCAAGGACACCUAGGCACUCAGAAUGGAGGAUCCGGUGAUUGAACAACCAACAUUCUGGUUAGUAGACAAGCAGCUCUACUCUUGAGCCGCAGCCACCCAUUAAUCAGACACUGCCAAAACCUCCAUUAUUAAUUUGGAUUAAUAUUUGUGUCAUGAUCCUCAAUGUCAGUAACUUCAGAUUAAUCUACAUUAAGAUAGUGAAAUCAGUUUGAACCUUGCACAAGGAGCCACAAGACACAGGUUAAUUUGAUCAACCUGUAGACGCACACAAUGACUUUUUGCAUGUGAUGUGGGAUUGUGCCACAAACAAAAUGAGGGCACAUAUUUGUCAAAAGGUUUAAAAACUGUGUAAAAUAUGUAGCGGAACGUAAUGUGUAUGUUUUGUGCAGUGAAAUUGAGAGGACCUCAGAUUAAAAUUCUUCCACUAGAGUGAGUGAGCUGGAUUGAUCCUUUACAAAUAAAGUGAUACAGUGUCACUAAUUUUAGAAUAGUGUCAAACUUACUCCAGUUAAAUAGUGACAACAGAAGUUUUUUCCUGUGGUUGAAGACAGUAACUGCCUGUGGUCUCACUUUUUAGAUGUUGUCACUUUGAUUUCCACAUCAACAUCUCGUCACUUUCUUUAUUUUGGUGAGUAGAUACAUUAGCAAGGCAAUACCCAUGUAGUUUGGUUUUUCACACCGAUAGACCUGUUUUUAAUUAAUUUCACAUUAACAGUUUUAAAUCAAACUUUCAAAUAUAAUUUGUAUAAACAAGUUAGUUUAUUCUUUUAUUCAUGUUCCUGUGAGUGCCCUUUACUUAAUUUCAGGUGGAUAAUGGGGCUUAUCCACAUUUUUAUAAUGGAUGACAGGAAGUGAAAUUUGCCUGUAAUUUCCCUCUGUCAACUGUGUUCUAUACUGUGCUCCUAGAGCCAUGUGUUGUCCUGUAUGCAAGUACUGCAUGUCCCCAGUAUUCACUCCCCGAAGUGUUUUGCUGUUAUCUGUGGGUUCAUCAUGCUUCUGCCUUGUAGAAGAACCCACUGAUGCCAAGAAGAUAUAAAUAAAGGUAAAUGGCAAAUGUGGAAA